AAAAAUACUCGGAACAAAGUGCCACAACACAAACCACCUCUCUCUCUCUCGUUGUCGUCGGUUGCUAGGGUUUCAUACUUCAUCUUCUCAGAGUGACCGGAUCGGAGGUUUUGUUGAUUUUAGGGUUUAUUCGUUUGACGCAUCGAUCAUGAAGAAUACACUGGCGAAAUCGGCUGCCGCGAAGAAGACUCCUCCAGCCAAACCGGCCUCCGCGAAGAAGACUCCACCGGCCAAAUCGGCCGCCGCGAAGAAGACACCACCGUCCAGAAAAUCCACCGUCAAAACCCCUCCGAAUCCGCCACCCGAGCCCGAGACAGAAUCGUCUACGCCCAAAACCACCGACACCAAAGCCGCCUCCGCCUCUAAAGCGAAGCUAGCGAAGACCGAAGAUACUACGCCCAUCUACGCCGCUGAUUCAGUGCCCGAACAACCCGUUGAACAAGAAAAAGCAUCAGCUGAUGCUGUGGAGGUGACACCAGAAACAAAAGUAGCUACAAGAGUUAAAAAAACAAGAACUGUGGUUAGGAAAGUACUGGUUAGAACCAAAACUCCCACUUCAGCAAAAGCUGUUGCUAGGCAGACACCUAAGGCGGAGGGAACUGAAAAGUUGAAGGGUAAAGAAUCCUCCGAGAAGGAACAGGUUGGGGAUGCUAAGGAUGUAGAUUAUGAGAAGAAAGAAGAAUCCUCUGUUUCAAAUGUUGAAGAAUCUGCCAAGAAGGAAGAACCUGCUGUUGAAAAUGUUGAAGAAACCAAAACGGAGGAGGAUCAGAGUGUUAUAAAUGUUGAAGAACCCACAAAGGAGGAAGAAAAGGCUGUUGAUGUGGAACAACCUCUGGUUCCAAAUGUUGGAAAAUCUACAACGCAGGAAGAUCCUGUUGCUGUAGAUGUUGCAGAGUCUUUAGAGAGUCGAGAACCUGGUAUAGCAAGGGCGGAAGUCGAGGUGAAGGAAAAAAAGGAGGAAAUGAGAAUUGUUGAGGAUAAAAUGGGACCCAAUAAUGAGCUUGUCAGCAUGGAGGAAGAUACCAACAAGGAAUUGAAAGGACAAGAUGCUGAACCUGGGGAUGCGCACCAGGGUGAGGAGAGGAUGGAGGAGUGCAGGGACCAAGAAGUUCUUGAAGAAUUUGGUGAGGAAGAGCUUGCAGAGGAAAAUAUUGAGGAGCAUGGCGAAGAAGAAGAGGCAUUGGAAGAGGAAUGCAUGGAAUUUACUGCUGUGGCAAAAGAGCGCAAGAUUAGGAAGGAGGUGGAGAUAUUUGUUGGUGGGUUGGAUCGUGAUGCAGUGGAAGAGGAUGUGAAAAAGGCUUUUGAGAACAUUGGUGAGGUAGUUGAAGUUAGAUUGAAUAAGGAUCCUUCAACUAACAAAAAUAAGGGUUAUGCAUUUGUGAAGUUUGCAACUAAGGAGCAAGCAAGUCGAGCUUUAUCAGAAAUGAAAAACCCUCUUAUACGUGGGAAGCGAUGUGGGACUGCACCAAAUGAGGACAAUGACACAUUGUUCUUGGGCAAUAUUUGCAAUACGUGGACAAAGGAAGCUAUCAAACAAAAACUGAAAGACUAUGGAAUUGAAGGUGUUGAGAACAUUACUCUUGUCUCAGAUGUCAGGCAUGAAGGGUUGAGUCGUGGCUUUGCAUUUAUUGAGUUCUCUUGUCAUGCUGAUGCCAUGCUUGCAUAUAAGAGGCUUCAAAAGCCGGAUGCUGUUUUUGGCCAUUCUGAGAGGACUGCCAAAGUAGCUUUUGCUGAACCUUUACGUGAACCAGAUCCAGAGGUAAUGGCCCAGGUUAAGUCAGUAUUUGUUGAUGGGCUUCCUCCCCAGUGGGAUGAGGACCGAGUUAGGGAGCAAUUUAAAGGCUAUGGAGAGAUUGUACGUAUUAUGCUGGCCCGUAACUUGCCAACUGCCAAGAGGAAGGAUUAUGGAUUUGUUGAUUUUACUACACAUGAGGCUGCCGUUGCUUGUGUUGAGGGCAUAAAUAACAGAGACUUUGGUGAUGGGAACUUGAAGACUAAAGUGAAAGCAAGACUUUCGAAUCCUUUGCCAAAAAGUCAGGCUAUCAAGGGUGGAAUGUGUGGAGGGUUUAGAAUUGGCCAUGGUGGUGCUGGAAGCUUUUCAAGAUUUGGAAGGGGCUUUGGGCGGGGUGGUCAUGCAUUCAACCGGCCAAACUUUCAACACGGCAGGGGUUUCUAUCAACGUGGACGUGGUCAUACUUGGAGAAUGGGUUUUAACCGUGAACAUGAUCUUGAUAUCCAGUAUCCUCCUUUCCAGCGAAGAGAAAUGUUCGGGCGAGGUGGAUGGAGAGAUUCAUUUGGGGGUGCUCAUGAAGCAUCUAGUGGAGGUUCUGUUUCAGCAAGACCUAACCUUGAUAGGGUCAGGCAUGAUGCACCUGAUAGAGGCCGUGGGAGGCAUAUUCCACCAAGGAGGCAACCAUUUCCCCCUGAAGAAGGAUUUAACAGACCAUUCGUUGGAAGGCAUUUUGAUGACCCUUACUUUUAUGAUGACAGUGCACAUGGGAUGAAGCGGCCAUUCUUUAUGACAGACCAGGAUCGUGAUUACAUGGAGCCUAGCAGACUCCGUCCUAGAUUGGAUUACUCUGAUCCUGCUGUUCCAUUUCGUACGCCUCGCUAUCAAGAUUCGUAUGGUGCUGGAAGCAGUCUCUACUCGCAUGAUUAUUAUGGCUCUGAUUAUAGCGAAGGCCCAUAUACAUCUUUUUACGGGAGUGGUCGCCCCUAUGGAGGUGGCUAUUACUACUAGAUUUGAGAGGCUUAGGUACCUGAGGUGGGAUGGACGUUGCUUGGUGGAGGAUUGUGGACUUUUGCUUGAAAGGAAAGCUGAAAUUAGUCUCUUUCUUCCUUUCCUUAUCUCUUUCUAUUUUUCAGUUUUUCUUAUAAAGUCUUCCCACUCAUGUCUUCCUCUCCACCUCUCUUUUCGUAGUCUGUUCUCUUUGUCAAAUUUUCAAACAUAAUGAGUUUCCAAAGUGUCUAGUUUAGGUGAUACCUACAGGAAGGGUCUUUUAUAUCGAUAUCAAUAUCAUUUUGUACAAUGGGGUAUUACAAAGGCAUCAGCUCUUUUGCCCUAGAUAGGAUCAUCUUGAGGACAGUAGACAUGAGCUGUUGAGAUGAGCUGCAGAGAUUGCAUUAUGUGUUCAUGAUCUGUGUGGUAUUUAGUACACAUGUUCAUCCUUUUAUCUUGAAGCUUAAAGGAAACAAAUUGGGUGACUAUUUGUUUUCUAGCAGGCAGAAUUUCAGGUCUAGGUUUUUCCUUUCAUUGAUGUGGAUUCAGUAGUAAUGACUUUCAGUAUGCAAAUGGUGGCUUUUUGGAGAUUGCAGUUAUUGUUUUAUGUGGAGAGGAGUAUAAGAUUUCAACUUGCAUUUAUGCCACUUAGGAGUGAGAAAUUCCCAACUUGAAGAUAUAAUCGAAAGUCUUAUCACGUGUAGGGGAGUUGACUUUCUAUGGUAACUUUUCAUGGUCAUUUUGUGUUUUUUGAGGCAUGUUGGAUGUUGAUUCUGACCUUUAGUGUAAAUCAAUAAAAUUAAAUGUAGCUCAGGAGAAAUUAUACUAUUUGGUUUGGAUCCAUUGUGUUUGAGUCUGACUUUCAUGUAAUCAAAUUUAGAUGGGGAUGUGAUCUUUUAAGAUCAAAUGUUAAGAUCACUUGAGUAAUUUUGAGGGGCAUACAAAGUUGACACGAUCCAUAUUAUAUUCCCAUGCAAUGAGUUAUAGCUCGGGAGCUGUUUGACUUGGGUUACAUCUUGGAUGGAAUGCAUCUUUAUGCUGGACAGUCCUGCUGUUGUACCUGUUAUUCCCCUCCUCUGGAAGGUGGUGUCUGAUUUAUUUAGUAUGUAUAAUAUAAAGGAUUGUGUUGUGCCAAGGAUAGCAAGGUUUUUUAUGCAUAUCUGAAGGUGUCAGCGAUCAAUUGGGUCACUGGUUUAGUUUCUUAGUAUUCAUACUCGAAAUUUACAUUUUUAGGAAGAUAUUUAUGGUUUGAUGCUGUAAUUAAAUUCAGUUCAGACGAUGGUUUUAGGGGCUAUGUGUGCUUUUCUUUACCUAUCGAAUGGAGUAUUUUGCCUAGGUUCAUAUGGAGUCAAAUGAUUCUUACUGUGGAGACAAAUCUGAGCUGCCAUUGGGUAAAUCACAUUGAGGUUCCAUUGCUUUCUAGUAUUCACCAGCCUCUUGUAGUAGCUACUAGCCAUGGGAUAUGUAACCUUGGCUCAGUGGGAUGGGAGAGUUUACUGCCUCCUAUAAUUACUCAAAAUUUUACUUCCAUUUGAAUUCCUGAAAUGACACAUUAUCUAUUUUUUGUCAGUUGAGAUUUUAACCCUAUGGUGCUAUUUUGGUUUGUAGUGAGGUUUAAUGUCUAUCGGGUUGAUAGCUGGUCUUAGAGGAAAUUAUCUGUGUAUGAUUUUGUAUGUCUAUUUUGAGGCGAUAUUAACAAGAUUGUGGUGAUAUUUUGGUUUGUAGUGUGGGGGUUUAAUGGGUAUUGGGUUGACAAUCGGUCUGAGUAUAUUAUGUUAUAAUUGAUCUUAGUGAAACUGAUUUAUAUGAUUUUGUAUGUCUAUUUCGAGGCAAUAUUAACAAGAUUGUUUGCGAAUAGAAUCAAACAUUUCUAGAUGCAAUUGUUUUGAAAAAUAUAGGGGAAGCCUCAGUUCAAUUUUUCAAAUAAAAAUAAAAAAUAAAAAAUCAAAGAUGAAUUUAUUUAUGGGAUAUUAAGACUCAUAAUGGAAAAUAUGAUCUUUUAAGUAGUUCAUCUGUGAGCGCAGUCCUUCAGAAAGAGCUUUCUUUAAAGGGACAAUAGUUUACAUUAGAUUUGCACGAGUUAUGUUCCUCUGCUUGGAAUAGAGCUUGAAGACUGCAUUACCUUACAUCAUGACAUUUGGAAUUCUACAGAAUCUGUUUAGUGGUUGCUAUUUGCCUCUGAGCUUAGUGAACUCAAAUGGGCAAUAUGUGGAAGUUUAAUACAUAAAAAGAUUUGUAGGACACAGGUUGAUGAAGUUCCUUGGGAAAAGGUGCAAGCAUGCUGAUGAUACCUUGCAUUACAAGGACAUAGCUCGUUGAGAUAUUUUUCUAUUUUUGUUAGUAGUACGAAUAAUAUUUACAUUGUUGGUUAAAUUGUGGUGAUAGCUGGCUGAUCAAAAAAAAUUGUGGUAAUAGCUGGGAGAUUGCACAGGUUAAAUUCACUUCAAUGCUCGUUACUUUUGUCCUGUUGACUGAUCAUUUAUACGCAUUGUUUUGAUAAUGUAGGAGUGUCCGCAAACAUUUGAGGUUAAUUCUGUAAGGUAAUCAUGUAUAAAUCCUGAUGGUUUAGAUGUUUUUGGCACUUUUUUUAUAAGGGAUCAAAUUAGUUAUAGAUGGAUAGGAUUGUUGAUUUUAUUAGGGGAAACAAUGACACUGCCAUUUGGUGCUGUGCUUGAUUAGAUAAAGGUGUUUUUUCUUGCCCUUGCAUUUUUCUUCUAUUAACGUUUUCCAUUUGCUCCUUUUAUAAUUUUUACUGUACUCGUGUACCAGUUCGUUUUGCCUUGCCUUCUAUUUUCUUUUUUCCUUUUUUCGAGUACUGAAUUCCAAUCGAAGUUGUAAUAAUGAGGUGAUUGGAUACUGUAUGAAUGUAUACUUGUAAUAAUGGGAUUGGAUAUUGUAUGAAUGUACACAUAGAAUCAAAAAUUUCAUGUUGUUUGGCAGAAUUGAAGAAUAUCAAUAAAAAUUAAUGGGAGUUUGGUUACA